AUGCAUCUCGCCUCCAUAUUGGCCGUAGCGGCCGUGGCUUCAGCAUUCACCCCCGUAUCCCAGCCCAAUCUCCAGUACUCACAGUUCGGCAACCAGAUCGGGUUCUUUGGUGACUUCAACGCCAUCUCCUUCUACUCCUACAUCAAUGCAUCGGCCAUCAACAAUGCCAACUCCCAGAAACUAUACCUCAGGGACGCCUCUGCCAACAACCAGGUCCAGCUAGCAGAACUCAACGGCAACAUCGACCAGUUGGUCCCGUUGUCCUCGGACUCGGUAGUGCUAAAUGGAAACUACUCGCAGAUCAACGGCCAGUCGUUCUCAGGACCCGUCAUAGUAAACAUCUCCUCCCUCGACAUCACCCCCAUAAUACCUUCCUCCUCGGGCAGAAACUCCAAGAGAGACGAUGCCUUCAACGGCACAGUCUCCUCGGUUCUCGUGGAUAAUGGCCUCAUCUACCUCGGAGGAAGCUUCCAAUUCAACAACACCUACGGUGCCGCAAUCUAUGACACCGCCUCCAAGUCCCUCAAAUCCACUCCCUUCCAGGGCUUCGGAGAAAACUCGGUGGUCAACGCCAUCUCCAAGAUCUACGACCCCUCCAACGAAGACCAAGGCUCCAUCAUCUUUGGCGGGAAAUUCGAUACCUUAGGUCUCAAGAAUUUGCUUGUUCACAAUUCCACCACCAACUCAUCCAGAUUGAACAAUACUAAUUCUACCAAUACCUCUCUCAUCAAUGCUGAGCAGGUAAUCUCUUUGAGGCAUGGUAUAUUCUCAAAUACCAACGGUGAUGGCAGUGCUCCAGACUCGUCUCUUAUUUGUCCUUUGAAAUCAGUUGAAUGGUCAUUGAACCCCGGACAAGGUGGUCAAUGGGCAGUGGAAUUGCCUGACGAAAUGAAGGGAAUAACACCAACCAAAGCUCGUAUUUACAUUCCCCCUGGUCCUGACGGUACUAAGACAUUCAGAAUCUAUUCCUACCCAAACAAUGGUAUCAUGAAUCUUUCGUAUGUAAACCCCGAAAACAAUGAGAUUGAGUUCUGUGAUGCCUGGUGCCCUUUGAUCGCCUUGUCAGACUUAGAAGAGAUCACUUCCAACAAUGCAAAGAACAGCACAGACUUAUCUGACGAUGAUACUGUCUAUGUUGAUGAAGACGGAAGUUAUUCUAUUUACUACGACCCGUCAACAAAAACUAAGGUCAUGGGAUACGGUGCAAACUAUCAAGAAUUUGCGUUCGAGAAUGAAGUUGCUCUCAACAAAGUUGGAGUUACAGUUACUGAUUGGUACGGUUCCAAAGGUACUCUUGGUGGAUUCCAACUUUACCUGAACUCGAUUAUAGUUUAUGGAAACAACUCCUUAAAUGACCCUAAUUGUGAUGAAGAAAAUCCUGGUGCGGUUGAUAAUGCUUCAGAAAUUGAAGCAGGUAGCUUCCAAUCGAUUAAGGCAUUGGCACCAAAUGUGAGAGACAACGAUUACUUGGUCUCCACUGAUACCAAUGCUAAGAUAAUUCUUUAUCCAAACAUCUCUUAUUCCGGUGACUAUUCUAUCAUCAUGAACACACCUGGUUGUAUUGAUGACGAUUCCUGUGCCAAGAGAUCAAUUGUGAAUGUGACAGUUCUUGAUAACGAAGGAAAUCAAUUGGCCACCCAGCUGAUUUACCAGAAUAAUGAUUACUACAAAUUUGACUACUUGUAUUAUGGUCAUUUGAACGGUACGAGUGAAAGCUCGGGCUCUAAUAGAAUUGAGAUAUCAUACCAAGAUGCUAUCAUCCCCGAUACUCAAGACCCAUGGGUUGUGGUUGACAAAGUUACUGCAAACAUCGUGUCCCUUGAUAAGUACUACGACAAUAACAAAACAAAUUCAUCAACCAGAAGAAACUCCAGAAAGGGUGAAUUAACAUAUAUUACGUUAAACGGCUUAUUUGAAUAUUCCUUAGCCAAUUUUUCUGACUUUGAUGAAACUUUGAUUUCCUACACCCGCAAUAAUCAGACUAUCAUUAGUCCUAACAACACUUUCGUCGGGAACUCUUCUAUCAACUUAUUAAGUGGUCAAUUAUCAAAUGAGACAGAAAUAAAUCAAAUUCAACUACUCAAUGGCUCAGACUCGAGAUCUUUGAUUUUAUUAGGUUCUUUUGAAUCUGACUCUAAAAACUUGACUUUAUCUAACAACAAUAUGAUAACACUUGAUAUUGGAUCAUACAAUAGCACCAGCAAUGAAACCGAAGCUACCAUUAAGAGCAAGAGAUCUUUAAACGCUCAAGUUCUUCACAAGCGUGCAGACUCCAGUGAUAUAUUUGGAGCGAGCUUCAACAAUACCAUUAACAAUGUUGUUGGGUACAAUGGAGCCCAAGUAUUCUUGGGUGGAUUUGGCUUGAACAACAAUGGUAAUAAUUCCGUGAACUUGAAGGAUUUAUCCAAUAAUAACCAGUCCACGUCGAGCAUUAAUAAUUUUGCUUUAUACUCGAAUAAUGAGUGGUAUGGAUUUGGAAACAAUUUCGUGGAUACUGAGUACAAUCAAUUUGCCAGUGUUUCAGUGGAAAACAUUGAGUACUUGGUUUUCUCUGCUAAUUCAUCUAGUUUCAAGGUAUGGAAUAGCUCGAACUCAUCUUGGGCAGAUAAUUCCAAAUAUCUGUUAAACAUCUCCCAACUGGUUGAUUUGAGCUCAGAUCAGCAGAUCCUUGGUGGUGGUUCCUUUAACAUAAUGGAUUUUUACAGCAUUGAUCAAGCAUAUUCUUCUUCCAAUGAUUCAUUUGCAAGUUAUAAUAUCAGUAUCGAAAGCACUAAUUCUAAAAUCACUAAUACCUUCUACGUGAAUAACUCAUUGAGCGUUGUCAGUGGAGACUUCGAAGCUGAUUCCAUUACCAACUUGGGUUUCAUCAAUAAUAAUUCUACUGAUAGAACUAUCAGACAGUUACAAGGUUCGUUCGAAUGGUCGGACGAUGCCCAAAUCCAAACUUUAUAUGUCGACAAUGAGAAUCACUACUUGUUUGUUGGGUUCAAUGGAUCUGUUAGGAUUAAUAACUCGAAUAACUUGACCGGGUUAAUAAUUUAUGAUUUGCAAAACAACACCAUUUCUAGUGUCCAACCAUCAGCUCUUUCCAGCGACAAUGAUGACCUCAGAGUCAACAGUCUUGUCUUAUACGAUAAAGGACAGAAAUUGUUAGUGGGAGGUAACUUCAACAAAGCAGGGUCGUUAGAUUGUGUCAGCAUGUGUAUUUUUGAUAUCGAGAACACAAGAUGGAUCAAUCCACAAAGUGACAACAACAAUCAAACCGUUGCAGGUGAAAUUACUGAUGUCAAAUUCUACCAGUCAAACUCGGUUUUGAUCGGUGGUAACUUGACUUUGAAUGGAGAGUUUGUGAAUUUCUUGACAUACAACUUCGACAACCAAGCUAUUGCAACCAAAACUUCAUUCAAUAGUUUGGGAUCUUCCAAACCCGUUCGCAAGUUCCUUAUUAAUGACCAGGAUAACUCCAACUUGAAUGGUAGAAUGAUUGCUUAUGGUGAUGGAUUUAUCUCCGGUUACGACGGUUCCAAGUGGAACGACAUUGGAGACGGUAUUAAUUUCAAUUCCAAUACCCUGCUUAAUGAUGUCAAGUUAUUAUCAGUUGCUAAAUCAGAUACUGGUCGUAAUGGUACUUAUUUUGACAAGAGUAAUGUCUUGGCUUUGGCUGGUAAGAUUGAUUUGAGAGAUUAUGGUUUGGUGAAUGUUGCCUUGUUCAAUGGCUCCACGUGGAGUCCAUAUGUUUACACCACCACGCCAAAGAACGAAAUUGGAGAAAUCCACUCACUCUUGAUUUUGGACUCAUUCAGAUUCCAAUCCUCGGAUGAUAUCAACAACAAAUCCAGCAAGUUGUCUAAGGGCAAGGUUGUUGGAAUUUCGUUGGCAUGUGCAUUAGGAUCUACCACGUUCUUGGGAUUAUUGUAUAUUAUUCCAUAUUUUGCCCUUUUCAGAAAGCUGCUUGAUGAAAAUGGAAUUAAUCAUCAAAGAAUCCAGGAAAACGAAAUGAUGGACGCUGUGAAUCCAGAGGAUUUGUUCCAUGAAAUUGAUCUUCAAAGAAACCAUUAA